UAUAGUCACUACUUGGCCAACAGCAUCAUACAUGUAUUAGUUCCUCCACAGGCAUUUUGGUGGAUGAAUGGACCACUGAGAGUAGAUGUUCACCCCUUUGCCCUAAAGUUCCCCUUUCCCCAGGACUGAGGAGCUGGAGUUGGUGUUGACUGACGUAAGUUUUCAAAAAGCAGUUUGGUGAUAUGUAGCAAGAGCCAUAAAAAGGUUCAUACUUUUUGACCCAACACCCCCACUUCUGGGAAUCUGUCCUAAGGACAUUCUCUAAAUGAUUGAUACAAAGACUAUGCAGUAACAUGAAAUGUUUAUGAUGUAAUCACAAACAAGUCUGGAAGAAUCGACCAAGAAAUUGGCCAGAGAGAAUACUUGUGUUAUAGAGUAAUGAAUUCGUCAGAGAUACUUUUUCUCUUUCCCAAACUUUGAUAGUAGCUUGAUUUUUACCCUCAUCUGCCACUCAGGGUUAGUCAGUCAGGAACCUGGCAGAAACAGCACACUCAGAUGGAAUCACUGAUGAACGUUUAAUAAAGACUAUUCCGUUUCCAGUCCAUUCCAAGACUGGUUUCUGUAACUCUCAAAUGACUCACUCAACAAUUGAGCACCUACUUACUGUCCUAGUGAGGGAGGCUGACUUUCAAGUACAUUAAUUGUAUCAUAAACGCAAAUAAUAAAUAUAUAAAUUGAAUGUUGUCAGGAACACAAAGAAGCAACUAUCUGUCAGGAGCGAGGUGUGACCCAAGGAAGGCCUCAAAGGCGGGUGAUUGAUUCAUGUUCAGUUUUGAAGGUGGUCUGCCAAAACAAAAGGGCCACAACAUGUACAAAGGCAGAAACGCAUGGAAUAACACGCUGGAUUUAGGAAAUUACAUGUGGCUCUGCAGGGCUGGAAGGAAUGCUGAGUGGGUGUGAAGGAACUAUGGGGCGAAGACUUUGGCUAGAUCACGCAGGGCCCUGUGCUCCAAGUGGGCUUUGUAUGUUGGAGCUACCGUCGGAUUUGCAUUUUAGAGAGAUGACUCUUGGUCUCAGUGGAGAGAGUGGACUGAAGGGGGAGAGAGAGAAUGGAGGCAGAGAUUUGUGAAAAGAAGUCUUUGGGUUUUGACUGGGUCGAUCAGCUGAUACCUUUUCUCAGUAUUGGUCUCUCCUGACUUUUAUUUGGCGAAAGUAUCGCCUCUCCGGGAUCUCCUUCCCACCUUCUCCCCGAAGGCCCUGCGGGAGGGCGGGGAAGGGAGGCAAGGGGUGGCCCUGCCUGGGUGGUCUCCUGCCCCGCCCCCCGCGGCGCCGUUGCCUAGCAGCGGAUCCGGCCGCACGGCUCCGGGUAAUUUGCGGGCUGCUCAGCCAAUGGGAGGGCGUAGUCCCGGCCCGCUCCCUUUUUCUGCGACUACAGACGCCUCUUCGGCACUGCGGUCGCCACCUCGAGCCGCAACGCGGGUGCGGGCUGGUAGCUGUUCCUGCAGCUGCAUCCACUCCGACUCCGACUCCGCUCCCCGGGCACGCACCGCCCUGCAGGCCGACUCACAGCCGCCGCUGCCCACUUGCAUCCGCGCCUAAGCGUCUCCACUGAGUCCCAACGCGGGGCCCCGCGCUACGUCGGACCGGGCAAGCCUAUGGGGGCUCCCAGAUAACGCGGGUUGGGGGUGCCCACGCACCCCGAUCCCCACCAGCAUGGCCCGGCCUCCACCCCUCGGGGAGCUGCCCCCGGGCUACACAUCCCCAGCUCGAUCCGCAGCACCCCAGAUCCUAGCUGGGAGCCUGAAGGCUCCACUCUGGCUUCGUGCUUACUUCCAGGGCCUGCUCUUCUCUCUGGGCUGCGGGAUCCAGAGACACUGCGGCAAAGUGCUCUUCCUGGGACUUCUGGCCUUUGGGGCCCUAGCACUGGGUCUCCGCGUGGCCAUCAUUGAGACAGACCUAGAACAGCUCUGGGUGGAAGGCAGCCGGGUGAGCCAGGAGCUGCAGUACACCAAGGAGAAGCUGGGAGAGGAGGCUGCAUAUACCUCCCAGAUGUUGAUACAGACUCCGCGCCGGGAGGGGGAGAAUGUCCUCACACCUGAGGCGCUUGGCCUCCACCUCCAGGCAGCCCUCACGGCCAGUAAAGUGCAAGUAUCACUCUAUGGAAAGUCCUGGGAUCUGAACAAAAUCUGCUACAAGUCAGGAGUUCCCCUAAUUGAGAAUGGAAUGAUUGAGCGGAUGAUUGAGAAGCUGUUUCCGUGCGUGAUCCUCACCCCCCUCGACUGCUUCUGGGAGGGAGCCAAACUCCAAGGGGGCUCUGCCUACUUGCCGGGCCGCCCCGACAUCCAAUGGACCAACCUGGAUCCAGAGCAGCUGCUGGAGGAGCUGGGCCCCUUUGCCUCCCUUGAGGGCUUCCGGGAGCUGCUAGACAAGGCACAGGUGGGCCAGGCCUACGUGGGGCGGCCCUGUCUGCACCCAGACGACCUCCAUUGCCCACCUAGUGCUCCUAACCAUCACAGCAGGCAGGCUCCCAAUGUGGCUCAGGAGUUGAGGGGGGGCUGUCACGGCUUCUCCCACAAGUUCAUGCACUGGCAGGAGGAGCUACUGCUGGGAGGCAUGGCCAGAGACUCCCAAGGACAGCUGCUGAGGGCAGAGGCCCUGCAGAGCACCUUCCUGCUGAUGAGUCCCCGUCAGCUGUAUGAGCACUUCCGGGGCGACUACCAGACACACGACAUCGGCUGGAGCGAGGAGCAGGCCGGCACAGUGCUGCAGGCUUGGCAGCGGCGCUUCGUGCAGCUGGCCCAGGAGGCCCUGCCUGAGAAUGCGUCCCAACAGAUCCACGCCUUCUCCUCCACCACCCUGGAUGACAUCCUGCAUGCUUUCUCUGAAGUCAGCACUGCUCGUGUGGUGGGAGGCUACCUGCUCAUGGUGGGUCCUCCUCCAUGUGCCUUGCCCCCACCUCCACUGGAGCCCACCCUAGGAGCCCCUACCCGAGACUGCCCUUUCUCCCCACAGCUAGCCUACGCCUGCGUGACGAUGCUGCGAUGGGACUGUGCCCAGUCCCAGGGUGCUGUGGGCCUUGCCGGGGUGCUGCUGGUGGCCCUGGCAGUGGCCUCGGGCCUCGGGCUCUGCGCCCUGCUUGGCAUAGCCUUCAAUGCCGCCACUACCCAGGUGCUGCCCUUCUUGGCACUGGGCAUUGGUGUGGAUGACAUAUUCCUGAUGGCACAUGCCUUCACAGAGGCUCCACCUGGCACCCCUCUCCAGGAGCGCACAGGAGAGUGUCUGCAGCGCACAGGCACCAGCGUCGCACUCACAUCCAUCAACAACAUGGUCGCCUUCUUCAUGGCCGCUGUGGUUCCCAUCCCUGCACUGCGGGCCUUCUCCUUGCAAGCGGCCAUAGUGGUUGGCUGCAACUUUGCAGCCGUGAUGCUUGUCUUCCCAGCGGUCCUCAGCCUGGACCUGCACCGGCGCCACUGCCAGCGCCUUGAUGUGCUCUGCUGCUUCUCUAGCCCCUGUUCUGCUCGUGUGAUUCAAAUUCUGCCCCAGGAGCUGGGGGAUAGGACAGUUCCAGUGGGCAUUGCCCACCUGACUGCCACGGUUCAAGCCUUUGCCCACUGUGAAGCCAGCAGCCAGCAUGUGGUCACCAUCCUGCCUCCCCAAGCCCACUUGGUGCCCCCACCUUCUGACCCACUGGGCUCUGAGCUCUUCAGCCCAGGAGGGUCUACACGGGACCUUCUAGGCCAGGAGGAGGGUACAAGGCAGAAGGCAGUCUGCAGGUCCCUGCCCUGUGCCCGCUGGAAUCUUGCCCAUUUUGCCCGCUCUCAGUUUGCACCAUUUCUGCUCCAGUCCCACACCAAGCUUAAUUGCUGUUUCCCACAGGCCAUGGUACUGGUACUUUUUGGGGCUCUUCUGGGCUUGAGCCUCUAUGGAGCGACCUUGGUGCAAGAUGGGCUGGCCCUGACAGAUGUUGUGCCUCGGGGCACCAAGGAGCAUGCCUUCCUGAGCGCCCAGCUCAGGUACUUCUCUCUGUACGAGGUGGCCCUGGUGACACAGGGUGGCUUUGACUACGCCCACUCCCAACGCGCCCUCUUUGAUCUGCACCAGCGCUUCAGUUCCCUCAAGGCCGUGCUGCCCCCACCAGCCACCCAGGCGCCCCGCACCUGGCUGCACUAUUACCGCAAUUGGCUACAGGGAAUCCAGGCGGCGUUUGACCAGGACUGGGCUUCUGGACGCAUCACCCGCCACUCGUACCGCAAUGGCUCUGAGGAUGGAGCCCUGGCCUAUAAGCUGCUCAUCCAGACCGGGGAUGCCCAGGAGCCUCUGGAUUUCAGCCAGCUGACCACAAGGAAGCUGGUGGACAAGGAGGGGCUGAUUCCACCUGAGCUCUUCUACAUAGGGCUGACUGUGUGGGUGAGCAGUGACCCCCUGGGUCUGGCAGCCUCACAGGCCAACUUCUACCCACCACCUCCCGAGUGGCUGCAUGACAAGUACGACACCACCGGGGAGAACCUUCGCAUCCCGGCGGCCCAGCCCCUGGAGUUUGCCCAGUUCCCCUUUCUACUGCACGGCCUCCAGAAGACUGCAGACUUCAUGGAGGCCAUCGAGGGGGCCCGGGCAGCGUGUGCCGAGGCAGGCCAGGCUGGGGUACGUGCCUACCCCAGCGGCUCCCCCUUCCUCUUCUGGGAGCAGUAUCUGGGCCUGCGGCGCUGCUUCCUGCUGGCGGUCUGCAUCCUGUUGGUGUGCACUUUCCUCGUCUGUGCCCUACUGCUGCUCAACCCCUGGACAGCAGUCCUUAUAGUGCUGGUCCUGGCAGUGAUGACUGUGGAGCUCUUUGGCAUCAUGGGCUUCCUGGGCAUCAAGCUGAGCGCCAUCCCCGUGGUGAUCCUUGUGGCCUCUGUGGGAAUUGGUGUCGAGUUCACCGUCCACGUGGCUCUGGGCUUCCUGACCGCCCAGGGUAGCCGGAACCUGCGGGCUGCCCGGGCCUUAGAGCACACAUUUGCCCCGGUGACUGAUGGGGCCGUCUCCACAUUGCUGGGUCUGCUCAUGCUUGCUGGUUCCAACUUUGACUUCAUUGUAAGGUACUUCUUCGUGGUACUGACAGUACUGACACUUGUGGGCCUCCUCCACGGGCUCGUGCUGCUGCCUGUGCUGCUGUCCAUCCUGGGCCCCCCACCAGAGGUGGUACAGAUGUACAAGGAGAGCCCAGAGGUCCUGAGCCCCCCAGCUCCACAGGGAGGAGGGCUCAGAUGGUCGGUAUCCCCCACCCAGCCCCGAAGCUUUGCCAGAGUGACUACCUCUAUGACCGUGGCCUUCCACCCACCCCCACUGCCUGGUGCCUACAUCCACCCAGCCUCUGAUGAGCCUACUUGGUCCCCUGCUGCCACACCAGCUGGCAAUGGCUCCAGCAACCUCAGUUCUAGGGGACAAUGUCCAGCCACCUGAUGAAACAGCAGCUGAAGCAUGGAGACCUUGUUUGGGCCAAAUGAAGUCACUGGGAAACCAUGGGUGGGUUAUUGAAUGUAGGGUGGACUCCUGAAGAGCCCUGCUGAUCCUGCUGCCUGCCUGCAUCCCCUCCCCCCACCACCGGCCAUCACAGACCUCCCUGAUAUCCAUGCAAAACCACCACCCUCUAGGCUGUGAGCAACCUUGCACCCCUGGGUCCUCUGUGCCUGUGUCUGGGUGGGGUAAAAGCCAGCACUUCAGGCUGCAGUGCAGCCCUGUACUCCCCCCACCCCAGCCCAGACUGCUGCCCCCAGCAGACCAAGCCUGAGGGAUCCUGCAGCACCCUUUGCAGGUCCUGGUCCCCCACUGCUUGGUGACUCCUGGGUAGGUUCUCUAUACCUGCUUACCUCCCACCACAUAAAUUAUUUAUAUGAAGAUGUUUAUUUUUGUAGUUUGUAUAGAUGUUAGCUAUGCUGAAAGUUUUAUUUUUAAAGAGUAAAAUAUAUUCUAUAUGAAUU